AUGUCUGCACAAACUGAACCACUUUCGGAAACAUCAAUGUUUCCAUCAUCGGAAAGGAACCGACGAUCUGCAAAACGCUUUCGCCCAUCAGUGCAAUGUAGUCACCGAGAUAAUCAAACGAAUGAACAAUGUACAGCCGAUGGAUUUAUGGAAUGUGUCCAUUGUGAUAAGAUUUGUUGUCUUAUACAUAUAACACAACAUCAGGGUGAAUUAAAACAAAUUCGCGAUCGACUUGUCGAGGAAGCAAGUGAUACUUAUUUAACGUUAAGCGAAAUGCAGGUGACCGACACAAGAGAAGAACUUCAGGAAAGCUUAGUUUUGUGGAAGAAACAAAUGUAUAAGAAAAUCGAACGAAUUCAUCAGCAACUUCUUAAUGAUACCGAACAGUCAUUUAUAAAAGUCAACUCAGAAUUUGAAUCAAAAAAGAAAAACUUAAUUCACGACUUUGACGAAAGAAUUUCAACCAAACUCGAACGUCUCUCACUCAAAUACGAUUUUUAUCCUCACGAACUUGAUGAUUUAAAACUAUCAUUAACUGAAAUGUACACUCGAAUCCGUGAUGCACGGACCUCAAUUAUCAGCAUCGAUUUUGGCAAUGGAAAUCCCUGUUUGUUCGAUGAUGAGCCACUCAACGACGACAAUCACAUCGAACCACCGAAAAUUAUCAUUCAAAACAAGCCCGACAUUGAACGAAUCCUCAACGAAUCUUAUCUUCGACAAUUUCAACUUGACAUCGAAAAUUCUUUCAGUCACGUUCCAAUCUUCUACGAUGCAUCAGCUAAACAUUUAUUGGUUUGUAACUACGAAAACAAUACACUGGAAUUAUACAAUCACGAAGAACGUAUCGGUGGAGGAUUCUGGCCAAAAGAUUCUUCUUUAAUUAACUGUAUCAAAUGGUGCUCGUGUUUAAACACAUUUCUUGUUCUAUGUGCACAAUCUCUCUUUGCUUUGAAUUGUUCACAACAACCGUUCAACAUUCAUGUUAUUAAACAAGUCACACCGAUCGAUGGCAAUCCAAUGAAAUACUUGACUGUAAAUAACGACUUGAUGUUGAUUAAGCACGGAAGUGGUGUAUUUAUUGAUAAAUACUCAUUGAAAACAAUGGAAUUGCUCAAACGUUGGCAGAAAACAGAUUUUUAUUCCGAUGAUGACAAUUCUCUCGAAAUUCAGCGUUUAGAAUUCUCAUCGUACUUCUACCUGGUCAUGAAUGUCGAAAUUAAUGAUGAACUGAACGUUUUAGAUUUAUUUAUUCUUCCUACUCUUCAGCAUAUUCGUCGAUUAGAGAAUUCCUAUCUCGUUCUUUACUUACCGUUGAGUAACUAUUGGAUUAUCAAACGAGUGAACGAAGCGAAUCGACAAGAUUUGUGCCUGUUGGAUCAAAAUGGUCUGGUGACUCGGUUGAAUAUUCACGAAAGUGAAAAUAUAAUUGGAAUGCGUUUCUUUGGUAAACAAUAUUUCUUAGUUCUACGUCAAAUUGAGAAUAGUUCUCUUCAAAUGCAAUUGUUUCAUAUCGAUAAAUUCUAG